CAAAUAUAGAAGCCUGUGGUUUCGUCGGCCCCUGGUUAGCCUUGGUGGUAGGCCUCGACUCUGAAGACACACUCAGGCACGCGACAAUAAGUCCCACAAACCAUUGCGUUUCCACCUGACAUCGUUGGUCUGUGUACGUUGCCAAGGAGAAGCGCCACACACCUUAUCCGAACACUAAGGACGCCACUUGCAUUUUAUCUCAAGAAACUUCAGCGCUAUCUACAAGCUCAGAAAACAGUGGGAGGAACAACACCCUAAAAUGAUAUGCCAGCAUCAGGAAGGAGUGUAACAUUUGGCUGACCUCCAGUGUGGCGAUCAGGAGAGAGCAAUGGCACCGUUCCUGUGUGACCUGUUGUGAAUCCCACCAAUGAAGAACAUCACAUAUUGACAUAGUGAGCGAGAAAGAGAGGACUGGUAGAACUAUCAUUUAGCAGAGAGAAGCACCCUGCAACUCCCCCAAGCUGAUGAUUCUGAGACAAUGAAUCGCUACACGCAGCUGAAGCAGUUGGGAGAUGGCACUUAUGGCAGCGUGCUGAUGGGGAAAAGCAACGAGUCGGGAGAACUGGUGGCCAUCAAGAGAAUGAAGAGGAAGUUUUAUUCGUGGGAAGAGUGCAUGAAUCUGAGAGAAGUAAAGUCCCUGAAGAAGCUGAAUCAUGCCAACGUGGUGAAGUUAAAGGAAGUCAUCAGAGAAAACGACCAUCUGUACUUUGUCUUUGAAUACAUGAAAGAAAAUCUCUAUCAGCUCAUGAAGGACAGAAAUAAAUUGUUCCCUGAAUCAGCGAUCAGAAACAUAAGCUUUCAGAUAUUACAAGGCCUAUCAUUUAUCCAUAAACAUGGAUUCUUCCACCGGGAUAUGAAACCUGAAAACCUGCUCUGCAUGGGCCCAGAGCUAGUCAAGAUAGCCGACUUUGGAUUGGCCAGAGAGAUCCGCUCCCGCCCCCCAUACACGGACUACGUGUCCACAAGAUGGUAUCGUGCCCCAGAGGUGCUGCUCAGGUCGUCCAUCUACAGCUCUCCCAUAGACAUGUGGGCAGUGGGCUGCAUCAUGGCUGAGCUCUACACACUUAGGCCUCUAUUCCCCGGGAACAGCGAGGUGGACGAGAUCUUCAAGAUCUGCCAGGUUCUGGGGACAGUCAAGAAGUCUGACUGGCCAGAGGGAUACCAGCUGGCCUCGGCCAUGAACUUCCGCUUCCCUCAGUGUGUGCCCACCCACCUGAAGACCCUCAUCCCCAAUGCCAGCACGGAGGCCAUCACCCUGAUGAAGGACCUGCUCAUGUGGGACCCUAAGAAAAGACCCACGGCCGUGCAGGCUCUGCGGUACCCUUACUUCCAGGUGGGUCAGGUGUUGGGGCCUCGGCCCGGGAGUGAGAUACGCAAGGCCACGGUGAGGACUCAAUCCCGAGGCUCAUCAGAGCCCAAAGGUGAGCUGCAGUCCUCUUCAGGAGACUCCUCUGCCCGGACGUCUCAGGGCAACCACCCCAAAGAUUCCAGCAGACACCAACAGCCACUCCAGCAGACAGACCAUCAGAUUGACCAGACAUCUCCACAUGACCAAGUCAUUAACUCCAACACGAAGCCAUCUGUCGUGGUGGGGACUGGGAGUGAGAACAGUGCAGCGGUGGGUGUGAAGAGCGGGCGGAGGCGCUGGGGCCAGACAGUGGUAAAGGCAACAGAGAGCUGGGAUGAGUCAGAACCUUCUGAAACCUCUGUGUCCCACUCCAAGAAACCCAGCCUUGGAUCAGAGGAGGAGAAGGGCCCUAAGGACCAUAGUAAUGCGCAAUCCAAAGAGCAAAAACCGAUAUACUCCUUCAGCACUGUUACUAAGUUACCAAGCAAUAUUAAGAAAGGCCAAAUGGACUCCAGUCUCCCGGGCUCCUCAGCAAGACAACAUUACCUUAGUCAAUCAAGAUAUCUGCCUGGGUUAAUCGGCAAGAACUCUGUAGACAAGGAGCCCAGUGGGCCGACACUCAGAGAUCUGUGGGACAACUCCACCAAUGUCAACAGUAAACCCCUCGGCCCCAUUGGAGCUGGUUUGUCUGUCACCAGAGUCAACGCAGGAAACUUUGUCAGUACAAAGUACAAUCUGUCUGGAGGUUAUGUUCCCUCCUUUCAGAAGAAAGAGGUUGGCUCUGUGGGUCAAAGGAUCCAGCUUGCUCCUCUUGCCGGCCAGCACACAAUUGAUCUUGCUACUCCUGAUAACAAAAAUGUCAAACCAAAACCUUCAAAGACAAAGUCCACUUCCACCACGCCCAUGAGUGAAAACACUGAAGAUUACGAUGGCUGGAAAAGGAGGACGGACAAGCCUCAAAUGAAAGGCCAGGACUACUCUGCCCUGGGGAAAACCUCUGGCAACCUUCUGACUAGAGGUCCACCUGUACAGCCAGUCCAUGGGAGGGUAGACUGGGCAUCCAAGUAUGGAGGCAAUCGGUAGUGCAUCAAGAGAUAAUAUUAAACCAACUCACAGGUUUAGCCAGUCUUUGCGCUAAGGAAAACCUUUUGUUGCUCUGCUCUGAAUUUUACUACCCUCAGUGAAUGUACUUCUGAAAGACCUCCAAUAUAUUAUUACAACUAAGUAGCACAUGUACUGGGAUGUUCAAGGAGAUAUAUACAUGUUUGUUUUAUACUGGCAUCAUUGGGUGAUGUAUGAAGGAAAGACAAACGCCAGGAGGCCCGAUCCCUGUAACUUCAACAGAAGACCCGCCGUCAUCUAUCGCAGUGUUUUCUAACUUCAGUCCUUCAGUAACCUCAACAGUACAUACUGUUGUUGUAGCCCCGGACAAAAAUACCUGAUUCAACUUGAAUCAGGUGUGCUAGUCUUGGGCCACAACAAAUAUGUACUUGAGGACCAGAGUUGGGAAACACUGAUCUACUGUAUGGUAAUUGAUGAUAGGGCUACUCUAAAGUAUCCCUCAAAGAUAACCAUGUCCUGAAGCCCAUUGGGUGUUGUCUGGAUUGAGUCUGAUGCCGAAAAAUGACAUUCGUCUUACAAUCGGUUUUAUGAUACGAUUAGAACCAAUAAUGGUGGAUUUUGUAUUUUAGAUUUUUAUAAUGUAGUUAUGUUUAUUUUUUAACUUUUGUUUACAUUACUCAACUCCAAUGAAAUUAUAUAAGGAAAUGUUUCCUAUCAAUCAUUGUAAUCUCUUGGAUAGCCACUUACUGUAUCAGUGGCUAAAGAAGUGUUGACUUCAGUUAUGUAUUAUGACAAUCUACGCUUAAGAUGCAGCUAUUAAACACUGGCCAUUUUUUAAAACCUUUUACACAA